UGCAAUAGGUAUUCCAUAGCAACUGGAAAGCUCGUGUGUGCAAAGCGAAGUUUCAUGACUUUAAUGCAUCGAACUUAUUAGUGCUGAGUUUACGUGAGUUAUCGAAUCAUUUGUAGUAUACUUUACAGCCUGUACUUGUUUGUUUGGACUUCAAGGGAAAACCAUAACGAUGACGACAGGCACCGACGACUAUAAAGAGCUGGAGUUAUUAUCCACAACGGGAUUUAAUGGCAAUGUAUAUGCCGGCCUCAAGGUCCACCCAGAUAAGGAGCACAUCAUCUAUCCCCUGGGCAACACCGUCAUCAUAGAGCACAUCACCAAGCACACCCAGAACUUCCUGCAGGGCCACACGGACGAUGUCUCCUGUGUGGCCAUCUCCAAGGAUGGAAAGUACAUCGCCUCGGGACAGGUCACGUACAUGGGGUUCAAGGCCAACAUCAUCAUCUGGGACUUCAAUGAGAAGGAGCUUUAUUGCAGACUGGAGCUCCACAAGGUCAAAGUUCAGUCGUUGGCCUUCUCCCCAAGCUCCAAGUACCUGGUGUCCCUGGGCGGGAAGGAUGACGGCAGCGUGGUGGUGUGGGACGUGGUUAAGAAGGAGCCAGUGUGCGGGGCGCCAGCCGCCGUCAUGAGCGCAGGCAUGACGUCCUGCGUGGCCUACUGCAACAAUGACGACUUGAAGUUUGUCACAGGUGGCGAGCGUACAAUCCGCGUGUGGACCCUUGAUGUGGCCAACCGCAAGAUCCGUCCAGUGGACUGCAACAUGGGACAGCUGAAGCGUUAUGUGAAAUGCAUUGAGGUGUCAGAGGACGAUGAGUUUUUCUACUGCGGCACCACCAGCGGCGACGUGCUGCAGAUCAACAUCCGUAACACCCUGCUGUCCAGUCACGGCCCCGAGAAGGACAAGUACAGCCAGGGGGUGACCUCGCUGGCCCUGUUGUGGACUGGGGAAAUCCUGCUGGGUGCCGGUGAUGGCACAGUGGCUGUCAUCAAAAAGGAAAAGUUCAAGAAGAUGAAGAGCCACAAGAUCCCGGGCUCUGGUGCCAUUACAUCUCUGGUCUUGAGAGGAAAAGGACAUCAGUUCUUAGUUGGCACAGAGAAGUCUCAGAUACAUCGCUUCAACCUGGCAGAGUUCACCAGGGAGCAGCUCAGAGAUUGCCAUUACAGCAGCGUGUCGGACAUUGCAUUCCCUCAUGGCAGCUCAGAUCUGUACAUAACAUGCUCAAAGAAUGACAUCCGCGUAUGGAAUACGAAGACAUCCGAGGACCUUCUCUCCAUUACAGUCCCCAACAUGACCUGCAAUGCCAUUGAGCUGUUUAGAGACGGGAAGGGCAUCGUCAGCGCCUGGGAUGACAACAAGAUCCGCGUCUUCUACCCGGAGUCGGGCAAGCUCAAGUUCCACAUCAAUGAUGCCCACACAAAGAAGGUGACGGCCAUCACCACCACCUCGGACUGCCGGCGCAUCAUCAGCGGGGGAGGGGAGGGCCAGGUGCGGGUCUGGGCUGUCGGCGGUGAGCAGGCGAGCCUGGAGGAGACCAUGAAGGAGCACAAGGGGGAGGUGACCUGCAUCGUGGUCCGCAAAAACGACCGGGAGUGCAUCAGUGCCAGCUUUGACGGCUCCUGCAUCAUCUGGGAUCUCCAACGUUUCACUCGACACCUCGUGAUCUUUGCCAACACGCUGUUCAAGUGUGUCAGCUACAACCAGGAAGAGUCCCAAGUGUUGACGAGCGGAACUGAUAGGAAGAUUGGCUACUGGGAAACCUUUGAUGCCAGCCAGAUCCGCGAAAUGGAAGGAGCCAGCACAGGAGCUAUCAACGGCAUGAUGGUGUCACCAGAUGGCAUGAGCUUUGUGACUGGUGGCGAUGACAAGCUUAUCAAGUUUUGGGAUUAUGGGGAUGGUCGGGUCACCCACGUCGGCAUCGGCCACAGCGGUGCUAUCAAUCGAGUGCGCAUCUGCCCCAACCAGAAAUUUAUCGUCAGUGUCAGCCAGGAUGGUGCCAUCAUGCGCUGGAAAUACCCUAACUGAGAGACCCGUGCUUAGUACCGUCAGGGUGAAUUGAUUCACUUUUCAGAUGCGCAAAUUUGCUUUGUGCCGACUUCUUGAGGGAUGGGGGGGUCACUUUUACAGUUUCAUUUCAGUGCCUGCCUUGAAUGUGAAAUGAUCAGUGAAUAUCAUACUUUUACAAGUAGUUUGCCAGUUAUCAAGUGUCUCUGCGUUAGGAUGUAAUACUGAUAAUGUUCCAUCCUUUGUUUUGUCACUGUAGCGUGUGGCAGCAUAAAAACGAUGAAUGUUGCACUCUUGUCCACUUGCUUUAACCUCAGAAAUGCUUCCAAAUAUUUGUCGAUAUUUAAUGAGAGAUUUAAAAGUCUUGGGAAAACAAAGAAUUGUUUCCCCCAGGUUAAAAAGUAUCGUUCGUGGUAAAAUAAAUUUUGACAAAUUCCGUCCUUAUGCAUUUCCCCCCGAGAUUUAAUGCUGCCUUCUAAUUGUCCGUCUAGAAACAAGCAGUAUCAGUAGUGUUUUAGAAUUAAAUUUGGAGGGUCUUUACUUUCUCAUGAACAGUUCGUAGAAAUGCCUGAUUUGAUCAAUUUUCUUAUUAGGUCUGUUUCAGAACACACGGAUGUAGUAGGGCAUUGCAUUACAGACAUGGCAGAUGAUCUAUGUAUGGCAAGGUAUUUUAAAAAUAUGACAACCGGUUUCAUGCUGUCAUUUUUGUUGUAUAUUUAUAAAACUUGUAAAUAAUAUCGUUGUUAUUCUUUAAGCAGUAGUACAUACACAGGUCGUCCCCUUUUUGUUUAUUGGUGAAAGGGGCUGUCUUUUCCUGCACUAUUGAAUUUUAAGCCAGCAAAUAAUCAGACAACAGACGAUGUCAAGUACGGCAUUGUAUCUUUAAUGAAUCCGUCCAUCCAGAGCUUUUUGGAAUAUGCGUAUUGCUCAUCCGUCCUAAUUUAACAUGCUUUCCAAAUUAAUACCCACUUUGUACAUUGAAAGGGUCGUUUUGUUCUCGAAUGUGGUCAUGUUUGUAGAUGAUUAACAGCUUGAAAAUUUCUGAUGAAUCUGAUUUCUCUUGUCAUCACAUGUAAUUGUUACAAAGUGUAUAAUGUUGCUAUAAAUAUGGAGUUGUGAUCAAAUGGGUGUAAUAAACAGCAUGUUUAUUUGACAUUGUGCCUUCAUGA